AUGAAUCCUCAGGCUGUUCUACUGUUCACACUGAUAGCCGUUCCAUGCACGUCUGCGAGUAUUGGUGAUUUCCUUCCUGGUGUAAAGCAGAUUGCAAAUGUUGCAGCUUUGCCUGGAAUUGUUGGUAGAUCAGUUGGACUACCAGAUGUUCAUUCUGGCUAUGGGUUUGCUAUUGGGAAUAUGGCAGCCUUUGACAUGUCUCUUCCGGAAGCAGUUGUUUCUCCUGGUGGUGUUGGUUUUGAUAUCAACUGUGGAGUGCGAUUACUGAGGACAAACCUUGAUGAGAAGGAUGUCAAACCUGUUAAAGAACAAUUAGCACAGUCACUUUUUGAUCAUAUUCCUGUUGGUGUUGGCUCUAAAGGUGUUAUUCCCAUGGGUGCAAAAAAUCUCGAGGAAGCUCUCUCAAUGGGGAUGGAUUGGUCCUUAAGAGAAGGUUAUGCUUGGGCUGAGGAUAAGGAGCAUUGUGAAGAGUACGGACGAAUGCUGCAGGCUGACCCUGGAAAAGUUAGUGCUAGAGCAAAGAAACGAGGCUUGCCGCAGCUUGGCACUCUUGGAGCGGGGAAUCACUAUGCGGAAAUCCAGGUUGUGGAUGAAAUUUACGACAAUUAUGCUGCAAAGAAGAUGGGAGUUGAUCAUCUUGGACAGGUUUGUGUGAUGAUCCACAGUGGCAGUAGAGGACUUGGACAUCAAGUGGCCACUGAUGCACUGGUAGAAAUGGAGAAAGCCAUGAAAAGGGACAAGAUUGAAGUCAACGACAGACAGCUUGCUUGUGCCAGAGUUAACUCACAAGAAGGUCAAGAUUACCUCAAAGGCAUGGCUGCAGCAGCGAAUUACGCUUGGGUCAACCGUUCAACGAUGACAUUUUUGACAAGACAAGCUUUCGGAAAAAUUUUCAAUAGUACCCCGGACGACUUAGACAUGCAAGUGAUCUAUGACGUGUCACACAACAUGGCAAAGAUCGAAGAACAUAUAUUGGACGGUGUACAGAAGACUCUCUUAGUACACAGGAAAGGAUCAACCCGUGCAUUUCCUCCUCAUCAUCCGCUUAUCCCAGUGGAUUAUCAGUUGACUGGUCAACCUGUACUGAUUGGAGGAACCAUGGGCACGUGUAGUUAUGUUUUGACAGGAACGGAAAAGGGAAUGAACCAGACGUUUGGUACCACGUGUCACGGAGCGCCGAAAUAUUGACUAUCAAGAAGUUCUCAAUGGUCUUAAAUCCAAAGGAAUCUCAAUAAGAGUGGCUUCCCCAAAACUGGUUAUGGAAGAGGUAACGAAUCAGUAAAUGGCCGCCUUUUUUUUUAAA